AUGAUGGAUAAUAAAGAAGAAGAAAGUAAAGAUGAUAGAUUAUUUAUAUAUCAAAUAGAAACAAAACAACAACAUAAUAGUAAUAAUGAUUAUCAAUAUGAUUUAACAACAACACAAACUAAUGAUAUUGAUGAUAGCUUAAAAGAAAAGAAUAUAAUAAAGAGAUCAGAAUCAAAGAAGAAAAAGAGAAGUCAUGAUGAUUUUGAACACGGUCAAGGAGAAGAUAUAAUUUAUACGGAGAAUGAGUUAAAGUGUAAAGUGAAAAAAGAGUUGAUUGUAAUUUGUACAAGAUUGGGUAUACAAUCAUCGAUCAAUCAAUUAAAAGAUACAAUCAUUCAACAAAUCAUAAAACAUCAAAAUGAUCAACAAGAGUUUAAAAGCAAGAUGAUUGAUAAUAAUCCAUUAUUAGAUUACAACAAAGGAUCACUUGAAUACUCAUUACCUUGGCCUAUCAUCAGAAGAAUAAUCAGUCAGCUUUGGCAAGAAUCUUCUAUUUGUACUUGUUAUUAUAAUCAACAAAUCGACAAUUUGAUUAAAGAAAAUCAAAAUACGAACCGUUUCAUCUAUCAAAAGUGGCCACUCUGUUUAAUGUUGUGGAAUGAAUCAAGAAUGAAAUGUCCAAUGCACACAUAUCAUUACUUUAAUGAUUUGGAUCCAUCAACCAAUAUUUCCAAACUAAUUGCAUCUACUUCAAACCAAAAAAACAAAUGGAGAUUUCAACUGUUAACCAUUUCAAAAAGAAUCAAUCAAUUCAUAUCAUCAAGAUAUUUGGAUAAUGUUUUGUUGAGACUAAACCAAGACACAUUGAAUCACCUCAACAAUCAAUAUUGUCCAAUUAAAACACCAAAAGUCCUUUUGUUGUAUAAUUCAAAUGACCUAACAUUUAUUGGAGACCAAAACACAACGAUAUUUAAUCAAGUUGAAAAGCUCAAAAUCCAUAGAGUUGACCUCAAACCGCCCAACAACAAGAUAUUACCUAAAAUAUUCAAAAAUAUCAAAUCAAUCACCGCUACCUAUUCAAAUGUAUUGGGCCAUUUGCAAUAUGACCGAUUGUGUCAAAAACAAUUCCUAUCAAGUUUUAAGAAUCUCACAUCAAUCAAUUUACAAUCAUGUCAACAUUUCAACUACAAUAGAGAUGUAUUUUUGACUGCUUUAACAAAAAUAACAACAGGAGGAGGAAUAACCAAAUUAUUACUUCCAAUUGAUUGGUGUGCACUACCAAUUGAUCUUGACACUAAAUUAGCCGACAGUAUUGUCAACAGCAACAUUAUUCCACCACAACAAAUGCCAAAUUUGAAAACAUUUCAUUUUUACAACUAUCAAAUGGUUGGUUACACGUUUAUUGAUACAAAUCUGACAACUAUUGUUGACCACUCUCAUAAUGGUUGUCCAAACAUCAAUCCAUUUAUCAACAACAUUCCACCAACCAUUUCAACAAUCAAACUCAAAUCUGGUGAUGAGAUUCUUAAACCUUUACUUGCUUGUGGUUUGUUGAUAUUCAAUAUCAACAAAGUAUUAAUUGACAGUAUAUACGAAAUGACUGAUCAAAUGAUCAAUCAAUUUACCAAGAUUGGAUAUAAAUAUCAUGGAGCAACAUUUAAAAGUCCAACAACAACAAAAAGACAAUUCACUUUUAUUAAAUCAAUACCAACUGCACCUAAAAUAACUAAAACAAAAACUCUAACAAUAUCAACAACAAAAAAAACAACAGCUUGUUCAACAAACCAACGAGUAAUAACCAACAGCAACAAUAAUAAUAAUAACAAUCCAACCCUUCCAUUUUAUUUAAUUGAAAAGAUUAUAAAAUACUCUUGGCACAGAUAUUAUUGUACUUGUGAACCGGAAACUAACCAAAAUGAUAGUCUUUUUAAGAAAUGUCAACAACUCUGUAAUGCCAAAUCGAAAUGUCCAAUUCACAAGAAUAGUGCUGUGCUUAAUCUAAUCAAGAGAAUUACAUUUAAAAGUUCUCAAGUCACAAACAUUCAAUCUAAAUUUACGAAUCAAUAUUGCCUUCUUGGUAAAUCUAUUGAAACUCUAACACUUGAUAUAGAUGAUGCCAAUUCGGAUCUAAAAUUCCCUCAACUCGAUCACUAUUCAAAUGUUAGUAGAUUAACAGCUGAAAUUUAUCAGGCAGAAGAUUCAUUUCCAUUGCUUGUUGAAUUUAAAUCACUGACAUCAUUGGAUAUAUCUCAAAUUAAAAUGUAUCCCAAUGGUUUGGUUAUGGAAGAAUUAAUUGAUGGAUUAAAGGACAUGUCACUCAAGAAACUCUAUUUUUGUGAAAAUCAGAUACCUGAAUCAAUCUUUGAAGAUUCAUCUUUAUCGCGAUCACUAGAAUCAAUAUCAAUCAAUGUCAAUGAUAUGUUAACAUACACCCCACGAUUGUUUAACCUGCCAAAACUUAGACAUAUCAGAAUCAUCAAUAAUAAUCACCAAACACCAUUUUACAAAGAUUUACUAACAAAAAAUUUUGGCUUUCCUUCCUCUCUCCCACCUGGUAUCCAAAAAAUAUCGACCAACGAUGCCAUUUGCACCAAAAUUUGCAUUCAUAAUCCACAAGUAAAAGAAUUGGUAUAUCUAGAAAUAGUUUUAAUUCUCUCUGUUCCAAGAGGGUUUAUAUAA